UUUCGGUUUCAGUUUCGUUUUCAACGUGCCCGCGAAAAGACGCAAAAAGCUAGCAGUCCGAGCUAUCAGUUGGCCGUAUCCUACGCCGAUUUUCAAAAAAAAAAAUCCCCCACCUUUUAAUACUCCAAAGAGAACCACCGAAUCCCAGCCAAGAUGUCGCACUCAGUGACCAUUACACGCACCACCACCAGCACCACCAACACCUCCUAUAUCGUUCUGAACACCGGCUACCUGAAGACCUUCCCCGGCAUCCUCAAGCUGUUCGAGCUGAUCAUCGGUGCUGCCAUCGUGGGUAUUUUGGCGUACAACUAUCAGGGAUACCGCCAUUACUACAGUUCCGGCCAGCAGGAUCUGUUCCAUUAUCUGAUGGCCACCACUUUUAUGAUAGGGACAUUCUGUCUGCUCCUCGCCUGCCUCACGUCGCUGAGUACGGGUGGAAUUAUAGCAAAGACGAUUUACGAGCUGAUCUAUCACAGCGUGGCCGCCAUUCUCUACCUUGCUUCCUCCACCUUCCUGCUGAUCCGGCUGCGUGAUGUCAAGCACGAUGCCUACAUGGUGGCCGGUGUCUUGGGUCUGGUAAACUGCGUGCUCUACUUCAUCAGUGCCUUCCUGGCCCACCGGUCCUACCGCGGCAUCUAGGCCAUCCAUAGCCACCAACACCCACCGCCCACUCGGAAUCUCCCAGCCCCUCAGCAAGUGGCGUUCAAGUGAACUCUGCAAUCUCAAAGCAUUUGUCCUUCCAUCUAAAAUCCAUAGAUGCAUCCAUCCAAUCCGAUUCGGAGCCAUAUCGCGGAGGAGUCUGGAGGCAGGAGCCAGAAACCAUGAUCGAGGGGACAGAUGCACAGAUAGUGGAAGCCAAGGGGAGGAAUCUUUGUUGUACUGUGAAAUGUUUUUUCGGCGGUAGUUACCCUUACUCUUACUUAUACACUGAUAUAUACAAGUUUUUUUUGUCUCACUUUCUUUUAUACCGAACAGAUUGUCAUGUAUUUCGAAUAAAGAUGUGUGUCUAUAUGUUUUUUACAA